AUGAGCAAGCUCAACGCGAACAUUGCUCGACAAGCGAGCUUCUCGUUCGCUUGCUUGGGGGAGGAGGCCGCUCGCCUUGAGGAGAAGCGGAUCUACGACUUGAAGAAGAAGAACCAGGAGCUAGAGAAGUUCAAGUUUGUCCUCGACUACAAGAUCAAGGAGCUCAAGAAGCAGAUUGAGCCGCGCGAGGUCGAGGUCGUGGAGAUGAAGGAGCAGAUCAAGCAGAUGGACGGAGAGCUUGAGCGCGCCCACAAGAACAGCUCGGCGCUCGAGCUCACCAUCUCGGCGCAGAAGCUCAAGCUGGAGGGCAUGCAGCGCGAGAUCCGCGCGCAGCGCACCAAGAUCGGUGAGUGCGAGAGCAGCUCCGACAUGAUGUGCAGGGAGCUGUACGACUGCGUGCAGCUGAUCCAGGACCCGAAGGCCCUCAAGGCCGCGGUGAACCAGAUGUACCAACGGCACGUGGCCACAGCCGUAGUCACGCACGCAGCCGACACGGAGGUCGCGUCCGAGCACGCGCGCCAGCGCGAGUGCCUCGAGAAAUCGGUCGAGUCGCUCAAGCGCAAGCUGAACAAGAACAUGGAGCUACACCGCGCCGACAACCAGCGCAUGAUGCAGGAGAACGUCGCCCUCAUCAACGAGAUCAACGAGCUGCGGAGGGAGAUCAAGGCGCUGAAGGCGACCCAGGUUGCGAGUGGCCCCCGGCACAAGGGCGGCGUGGGUUCGGACCGAAGUUUCGGCAGUAGAGGCAUGCGUGGGGGGCUGGAGGAUGCCUUCCUGGAUGCCGCCUCUUUCAGGUCGGACUCUCGUGAGGAGCUGCCCCCCUUGUGA